GAUUAUAAUGUGGAUUUCGAAUCGGACGUAAGAUGUUGCAGUCCAAAACACUUUGAAAAUCUUUUGGAUUUUUAUCGUCCAUCUCAAUCGCAAAAGUAUUCAUCACGUAAGAAUAGGACCAUAGAAUUCCGAUCAAGAGUUUCCUUUCAUCCUUUGUGUACUGCACGCGCGGUUGCACCUUACGGUUGGUUGGGAGUGGAAGAACGCGAGAUCACGAUUCUCGAACUUUGUUCAAUUCCCAAAAUCGGCAAUGUCGUACAAACAUACUCAGAAGAAGCUGCCCGAUAUUUCGUGAAUUAG